AUGAACGCUCCGGAACCAAGAGAUAAUGCCGCAGCACUUGAAAGAUAUCUUCUCGACGCUCGGUUCAGCCAAUCUUUCACAUUACCACCGGGAUCAGAUCGUCCCGAACCUUUCACUGUUACCUAUAGUGAUUAUGGUUAUCGCAAUCAGGAUGAACCGAGCCAGGAAAAUGUUCUCCUAUUCUGUGGCCCACUUCUUAGCACUCGCUUUCUUCAUGUCGCCAAAGACGAGCUUGCCAAAAGGUAUCGUGUGCGCAUUAUCCACCCUGAUAGACCAGGCAUGGGCGGCACCACCGACACGGAGGCAAAGGCCAGCUUGAGAGUAUGGCUGGACAUCGUUUCGGCACUACUUCAGCACCUAGGCGUGUCUAAAAUCAGCCUUGCGUGCCACAGUGCUGGCACCAUAUACGCCCUUCACACUGCGCUGCACCUCCGUCACCUCCUCCACCCCGAUAGACCCUAUAUUGCCUUGUGUGGACCUUGGGUUCACCCCGAGCAUUCAGGUACCAAACUUAUGGAGCUCAGCAAUGCACUUCCCGUCGCCAUCCUCAGCCGGUUCGAUGGCGUUGUUAGCAUUGUGAGAUCGAGUGUGCUGCCCGUGGUAGGGUUUAGUGAUGUGCUACUCUCGAGCUUGGUUCCGAAAUGGGCCCAACGGACCCCGCCGCCAAUUCAGACUGCCGAUACUGAGAUGGUGAAAUUCGAGAAAAAAUUGCAGCCGCAGGUUCUGAAGCAUGCUUAUGCGGAAAACUACAAAGGUAUGAGCCAGGACGUGCUACUUCUUCUGAAGAAACACAUACCGGCCAACCCCGAAGGCGAGGAGGGAUGGGGCGACUGGGGUGAUGUUGAUAAGUAUGUGCCAAUGCUUGCAGAGCGUGAGGAAGAGAGGAGACGACGAGAGCAACAUUCGGACUUGUCAUCGCAUCAACUCGAAGUCGAAGUAUUCUUCGCCAAAUCUGAUCAUAUGAUUGGCAAUACAACAGGACCCCAGUGGUUCCGAGAUUGUUGGAGACCAGAACAGCGAGGAAGAGCAAUUGGGUUUCAAAGUCAUGUUGUUGAAGGGGCAGACCAUGACAGUCUUCUCGAUAUCAGACAUGGUGUAGCCGAGGAAAUCUUUCGCAAAAUAUCUGGCAUAGGGGGAGAUUAG